AUGAUGGACUUCAACCCCAUGGACGAAGACACGCCUCUCAGGGACUACUGGCAGACCACUGACGACCUGGACAACGAAGAUGCCGCCACGAUUGCGAGCCUGGCCACCCAGGUGCUGCAGUCCAAGUCGGGCUACGAGUAUGGAGAUGGCGUGGGCAUGGGCGUGGGCGUGGGCUUGGAGGUGAAUGAGCCCGGCGUGGUGACCGAUUACAUGUACAGCGAGAGUCGAUCGUCGCCUCAGUCUCAGUACUCAACCACCCUCCCGACGGAGCCGGCAGAAUCAUUUCGAGGCCUGAUGGAUGACCAUGACCGCGGCGUGCAGAUGUUGGAGGAAAGCGCCGCAUCGGGGUACGACUUUGAGCCAGAAGCUCGGGAGCACGAAGCAAGUCAUGUGCAUGCAAUCGAUGAACCGACUAUGCUCUCUCGAGAGCAGUAUGCGCCUGAAUCUUUCCGCUCCACACUCAACGUGGCUGCAGAAAUGGAUGUUACUUAUCAAAGCUCAUAUUCUCAUGGGAUCGAGAUGAGUGCCGCCAUGACGGCUAGCCGCGUGGUGAACGGAGUUUUGAGUCGCUCAUACGCAGGGACGCCAACUGAAGAGGUCGUGAAUCUGCAAGCGCUUCAAUCACAUGCACCUCAGCUCACGCCACCCCAAUCAGAGUCCCGUUCUGUUAGUGUAGAGACGCCUGAUUACGAAGAGCAAGAGAAAGAGCCAACGAUGGAGACGGAAGAUCAGCAUGUUGAUGAGGAGCUUGAAGACACCCCUAUGACGAGGGACGACGAGGUGGAGGAUUGGGAAGAAGGUGGAGGAGAAAGAGAAGAGAACGAAGGGAGAGAGUUGGAAGAGAACGAAAGAGGAGAGAGGGUAGAAGACAACGACAACAACGGAGAACGGAAAAAAGUUGAAGAAGGAGAAAGAGUACAAGAUGAAGAAGGAGAAACGUUGGAAGAAAAAGGAGACAGGAAAGAAGAUGAAGGAAAAGAAACCGAAGGAGACGAGGGUGGAGAAUCAGCAAACGAUGAGAUGGACGAGAUGGACGAGAAGGAACCCACGCCGGAUACCGGAGCGCAGCAGCAGCUCAUAAUGGAGUCCGAUCAACGACCAGCGGUAGACGAUGAUGAGGAAUUGCCGCCACUUCAGCAAACACCGAGAAAACGAGGGCGCCCGCGGAGGAGUGAUGCGGCGGAAGCGCCUCCAGCUCUAACAUCCGAGCAGCCUACAGCCGUUCAGACAGCUGUACCCGAAAAAGAUACCCGUGCCGAAAAUGAAGAGGUGGAAUCAGCUGUCACUGAUGGCGCUGAUCUCAACAGAGCUGAGGAAAUGCCGAUCGGGAGAAGGCGUGGAAGGCCACGCAGAAGCGAUAUUUCGGAGCCGGCAACGGCAGCAGCACCGACGCCGGCAAAGCGAAGACCUGGACGACCACCGAAAGCGACGGAAGUCGAGCUGACUCUUGAAGCGGCACCUGCCGCAGGAAAACGAGGGCGGUCUCGGAAGAACAGCAUGGUCAACGCAGCACAACUGUCCGCAAUCGCCCUCGAAUUGUCUGCCGCCGAAACACCAACCGCAACAACACCCCGUAAGAGCAACAUGGUAGAUGCUGCCACGCAAACCUCUCCCGGCCCAACUCAGCCGCCUAUCACUAAAACAAGACGAACUGAAGUACCGUCUGGCAGAAGAGGGAGGGCCCGAAAGAGCGAUGUGUUGGAUUCAGCACAAGCUUCUACCACAGCAGACCAGGAGGUAGCAGCGACUCUUGUAUCCUCUACUAAUGCGGCUCCAGUACGAACCUCGAGCAAAAGAGGGCGACCCCGAAAGAGCGACAUGACAGGCGCAACACAGGCUUCCAUCGAAGAACCUGAGCAACCCACAGUUGAGCUAGCAGAAACUGGAGCGUCUUCGUCUUCGAACAAGAGAGGGCGGCCUCGAAAGAGCGAUACCGCUGCCAAUGAGGUCCAGGAAGCAGUCGCCGCUGUACCACGAUCUUCUAGCAGAAGAGGACGGCCCCGAAAGAGUGACAUGACAGGCGCAGCACUGGUUUCCACCGAAGAACCUGCGCCACUCGCAGUUGAAGCAUCGGUGGUUGCACCACGAUCUUCUAGCAGAAGAGGGCAGCGGAAAAGUGAUACAAUGGACGCAGCGCAGGUUUCCACCGAAGGACCUGAGCAGCCCACAGUUGAGGUAGCAGAAACUGGAGCUCCUUCAGGCAGGAGAGGGCGACCCCGAAAGAGCGAUACCGCUGCCAAUGAAGGCCAGGAACCAGUCGUCGCUGUACCACGAUCUUCUAGCAGAAGAGGACGGACUCGGAAAAGCGAUGCGAUGGACGCAGCGCAGGUUUCCACCGAAGAAAUUGAGCCAUUCGCAGUUGAAGCAUCGAUGAUUGCACCACGAUUUUCUAGCAGAAGAGGGCGGCGUCGGCAAAGCGAUGCGAUGAGCGCAGUACAAGCCUCUAUUGACGAAACCGAGCCACUCGCAGUUGAAGCAUCGGUUACUGCGACACCAGCUCCGAGUAAAAGAGGUCGGCGCCCGAAAAGCGAUGCGAUGAGCGCAGUGCAAGCCUCUACCGAAGAAACUGAGCCACUCGCAGUUGAAACAUUGAUAACUGCGACAACGGCCCCCAGCAAAAGAGGACGGCCCCCGAAGAGUGAUGCGACCAGCGCAGCACAAGCUUCUACCGAGGAAGUUGAGCCGCUCGCAGUUGAAGCACCAACACCUGCGACAACGGUCCCAAGUAAAAGAGGGCGACCCGCGAAAAGGGAUGUGAUAAGCUCAGUACAAAUCUCCACCGAAGAAGUUGAGCCGCUCGCAGUUGAAGCAUCGGCAAUCGCGACAGCGGCUCCCAGUAAAAGAGGACGGCCCCCGAAAAGUGCUGCUAUCAGCGCAACUCAUACCUCGACCGAGGAACUUCAGUUGUCUUCAGUCGAGGCGCCGGUAACCACAACAUCAGCUUCAAGCAAAAGAGGGAGACCUAGGAAGAGUGAUGUGAUGGAAGCUGCACCCGCAGAAGUGCUCAUCAACGAAGCUCAGCUGGCUGUAGAUGAAGCGCCGAUCAUCACAACUUCAGCUUUAGAGGGACUACAGCCCCAAGCAAGCGUCAAAACCUCGACGACUACAUCCGGCAGGCGUGGAAGACCUCCUAAAGGUAUUGUGCCGUUACUGCAAGCAGAAAUUGAGAUGUUGCAGACCGAUGAUGAGGCAGAGGCAGUCGAAUCACCCGCUUUGCAACCUUUUGGUCGACGAGGUCGACCAUCUCGACAAGCUGAUGCGUUGGAAGAACGGGAUGACUCUCCAUCUCCAUCACCUAGGAAGAGACGAGGCAGAGGUAGGCCGCCCAAGAGCGAAUCCUUGCUCUCUGCAGAUUUGCCUCGUGCAACUGUAGAGCCGGGCCUUGGCAUGGGUGCCCAGCAGGCUGAGCCUCAGGAGCCAUCAACACCUAUGGACGAUGUCUCGAAAGAUUUGGAUGUGAGCGAGACAACCUCCACACCGGCACGGGAGGAUAUGGAAGCAACACCUGUAAGAAAACGGGGGAGGCCGAAGGCAGCGGCCGUAGACAAGCCUCUGUCUGUGAAGGAUAUGCUUGUAACAGCCUCAGAGAAGAAGCAUGGCAGGCCUCCAAGGGCGAUUGCGAAUAACGAUUCAGCGGAGGAGCAUGGGCGACCUGUUCAAUCGCAAGUUCAGGAAGAGGAAGAAGAACCAGCUGCCAAAAGACGACGCACGAAUAAUGACGUGACGAUGGAAGACGUUGUUGACCAAGAUGAAACUCAAGGGGACGCCCAAGAGGAUGAAUUGCCUAACGUGGAAGACCUUGGAGACGCAGUAGCAGCAAAUGGCACCAGACGCAAGCGAUCAUCAGUGACCUGGGCUCAGCCGCUUACUUCAACGUUGACGGAGCCAAAGACAGUUGCCAUGCCUUCUCCUCGGCUUGGUAGGCGCCCUCGCCUUUCAGGAGAGAUGCUGGGGGAGAGCACAAAGACGAAAGAAGUCGAGCAACCCACCGCGGCACCACCAAAGACUCUCUUCGACAUGAUAUCGGAUAACAGGAAGAUGGUACGGCAGAAAACAUACGGUAAACGCUCUAAGAGGUGA